AUGAUGGCUUGUAAGAGUUUGCUUAUCGUUCUCCUAAUUGUCUCUCUCUUUGGUCUUCACAAUUGUGAAUUUGGGGUUCAUCCGAAGGGGUAUGAAAGGUGUGUUACCAAAUUUAUGGGAGAGCCGUGGCAGUUAGAGUUUUUGUGUUGUGUCGAAGCUCCUACAAUUUGCUUCGCUGGAUAUCUUGAGGAAGCAUGCCUCGUAAGGUGUCCUCCGCUACGAAAAGGAAAAGGAAGAGCAAAACCAUCUCCCCCUCCGCUCCUAAAAGGAAAACGAGGUGCAAAACCAUCUCCAUCUCCCUCUCCCUCUCCCUCUUCCUCUCCCUCUCCAUCUCCCUCUCCGCUGCGAAAAGGAAAAGGAGGAGCAAAACCGUGUCCCCCACCUCUUCUAUAG